AUGGCCGAGCAUGUCCGGCGGCCAGCGCGGGGGCGCGAGGAGGCCGUGCCGACCGAGCUGUCGCCGAUGGAGCUGCUGGCGGGCCAGGCAGCCGCACGGGCCUCACAGCGAAUGUCAAGCCGGCUGACGCCAACCGCGACGACGGGCAAUCCCAGCAGCAGCAACAGCAGCAAUAUCAGCAGCAGUGGUGGUGCACGGCCGACGUCGGCGCGCUGGGUCGAGACACCGGCACCGCGCGAAAAGGCGCGCACGAUCACGCGCCACCGGCCCAUCCGGAGCUGCACCGAGUGCCGGCUGCACAAGCGCAAGUGCGACCGUGCCCGCCCCGUGUGCAAGCACUGCAUCGACACGGGCCGCCGCGACCGGUGCCGCUUUCUCGAUGGCGGUGCGGUACAAACGCGCAGGGGCGAGUCGGCGUCGGCUGUGGCUUCGUCGUCGCCGUCGUCGCCAUCGAGCACGCGCACCAGGCAGCAGCCUGCCACCGUCGCUGCCGCUUCGUCUUCGUCGCCGCUGCCCCGAAAUUCGUCCUUUACGCCCCCCUCGCUGCCCGUCGCUCGCGGCUCGCCCGAGUACCAUCCCAUGAGCUGGGAUGGAGACAGAAGGAGCAGCGGCGUGGCGCCCCCAUUGCACUCAUCUCUGGCGCGCUUGCGCUACGAGGCCCUCGUCCAUGUGCUUGCCGACCACAACGACCUGGUGCUGCCGUCGAUCGACGAGCUGGAUACGCUCCUCGCCCUCUAUCGCUCCGGUCUCGAGCCGUUUCUGCAGUGCGCCAUGGUCAACCUCAAUGCGCCGCGGUACGAGCGCUGCCUGCGCUGGUGGCGCCAUGGCCUCCAGUCGUCGUCGUCGCCGCCGGCCGAGGACGAGGGCGUCGCGCCGCCCGACCCCACGUCGUUCACCCUCAUGCUCGUCGUCCUCGCGCUGGGCAUGCAGAUCGGCGAGGCUAGCGCGGGGUACGAUGCAGAUGCACCGGCAGCCCACUGCUCACCACAACGCAAGCUCAUCCGCGUCGCGGGAGACUGCAUCGACGCGCUCCAGGCCGCCUGCCCGCCCAGCUGGGCGACGGUGUUUGUCGUGCCGAUGGACCUGAUCAAGGCCGCCGUGCUCCGUGGCCGCUGGUUCCUCUCGCAGCUCCAGCUGCAGAUGGCGCGCUCCUGCUGCGCCGCCGCUGUGCACCUCGCCUGCGCGGCUGGUCUGCACCGCGACGGCCAUCACUGGCCCACGAUGCGGCCCGAGGAGGCCGAGUCGCGCCGCCAGCUGUGGUGGUGCAUCGUGUCCGAGUACCUGGCUGCGCACCGGCUCGACACCUCGACGGUGCUCCUGCCUGCGCCGGCCGUCGUCGAUGCCGCGCUGCCCACGUGGAUGCAGGCCAUCGAGACGCAGCUCGUGUAUGCGCGCGACACCUACCCGGAGUCGCUGCUGCUGCGGCGCCGCGAGCCGCUGCGCUGCGAUGCCGUCGAGUUUGGCUUCCACACGACGCGCGCACGCUGGGUCGAGCUCCGGCUCCAGCGCACCACCUGGCGGGGCAACGAGGGCCGGCGGCUCUCGGCCGACCGCGUGGCCGACCUCGAGCAGCGCCAGGACGACGUGGCGAUGCGCCUGACGCCGGCUGCGCUGCGCUGGAGCGACGACGACGAGGACCGGCUACUGCGCUUGGUUGCCUUUGACCCCACCGACGCCUCGCUCGACCAGCGGCACUUUGUCGAGCGCGCUGUCCUGCAUCUCGAGCACAGCCUCGCGCGCCUCGAGCUGCACAUGCCCAGCAUCGUCGGCCGCGACGCGCGGCCAAGAAGGGCCGGUCCUGGUCUUGGUAGUGUCGGUGCCGAUGCUGUCCAUCGCCACGAGGAUGCUGGCGGCGACGGCGACGACGAUUUUGAAGGCGGCGACGAGUGCGAGGACGGCGACGGCGAGGACCACGAGAGCAGUCUGCAGCGGUGCCUGGGUGCGGCACAGGCCCUUGUUGGUCUCGUGGCCGGCCUCCUGCCCGCACGACCGCCACCCGUGCUGCUGGAGCCGCUGCUGCACGGGGCGCUGCUUGCUGGCAUGGUACUCGCCGUCGCGCUGGGCCUGGGUGCCGCCGACACGAGCGAGACGACGGCUGUGCUGUUGCGGCCGCUCCUUCGCCGCCUGCUCCGUGCCCUCGCCAGCAAAGAGGCGGAGCCAAUGACCACGGUGCCGCGCUCUGUGACCGAGUACGCCGGCAAGGUGCACCGCUUCCUCUCUGGCAUGACCCAGCUCACGCCCGGCGGAGCCUUUCCUGCUGGCCGUCGUCGGCCGCGCGCAGCGCACGAGAGACCGGGAGACGCGCGGCCAGGGAAGCGGAGGACACACGUGCCUCUGUCACCAUCCACGCCGACAACAGUGGCUGCUGCUGCCGCUACUACGGCUACUGCUACUGCUACUGCUACUGCUACUGCUGCUGCUGCUGCCACCGAGAUGUGGGCACCGACUGGCUCAGCCACCUCGCCUGGCUCGGCAAUGGACACGUCCAACUGGGGCCUCUUCAGCGGGGCCAGCGACGCUUCGCCUUUUGCUGAAAUGUUCCCGAACCCAAGCCCCUCGGACGCCUCAUCGCUCGACAGUGGGCAUGCUGGCGAGCUGUGGAAGGUGUGGCAGGCCAUCUGCGGCGGGCAGGUGCUCCUGGAAGAUGCACCGUAG